UUUACAUUUUACAGUUUACACAGAAUGUUCAGAAUGUUGUGUAGUAUUAAUAUUUUGUAUUGUGGUAUCUAUUUAAUAGUUUUAAAUUGUAGUAUACUCGUCUAUGAAUAAUAUCAAUGUAUAAUUAUUAAUACUAAUGUGGCUUUGCAUGAUGCAUACUGUGAAUUGUCAAAUUAUAAUUUUAAUUUGCAGUUUUAAUUCAAUGAGUGACACUAUGUAGAAACUGAGUAACAUUAGAAAUUUAGAGCUCAAGAAUUAUCUCACUAAAAAUGUAAAGUUCGUUAUGGUUAUCUAUUUCUACCAAAGAACUCUGAAAGACAAUGGCAUGAUGUAUAAUGUACUUAUUGACAAUAUACAUGCAACAAAUAUGGUCCUUGGAUACAAAAAGGCGGGGGCAAAAAUUUCUGUAAGCCAGCUAGAUAAUGCAAAUUAUUUUAAACUGACAACAUAUCUAACUUACCAUCAUUGAAAGUGAGGUAGCAAUAGAAACAAUGCGAAUGCAAGUAUUGAUGGUAGGUCAUUCCUAGAAACAACUGGACAUUUGAAUAAACUACCAUGGUUAACGUUCAGGCAGUGACCGUCAGAAAUGUGGCUCGGCAUCGAUAUUUAGUCUAUUUGAUCAUAUGGCUGUGCAUUCUUUUUCCAAUAUUGUAUUUCAAGAUUUCUGAUCGUCCUGUACCUGAUAAUAAGACUAUAAAUAAAUCUGAAAACUCAGCACUCAAGUAUAAAAGCCCUGUGUCCAGAAUUGAUUACAAUGAACUCACUAGAGUGUGUAAUCCUCCUCAUUUAAUCGAACGUGGUGAUGAAGGAGAUAUUGGCUUGCUAAACAAUAGUCUUACAAUUCAAGGUGUAAUAAUACUGACUAGACAUGGAGAUCGUGGACCAAUGAAUCAUGUUCGGAACAUGGCUGAUAUAGACUGCAGCUUGGAACCUGAUCAGGAGUAUAAUGGUUAUACAAAAUUUUUACAAAACAUAUUCUUCAACAUGUCAUUACAGUUUUUAGGUCCUUUUCAUGGGUACCCAUUUUAUCCACCACAAAACAAUUGUUCAAUAAGUCAGCUCACCCCGAUUGGUGUGUCCCAAAUGCUUAAGCUUGGACGAACCUUGCGUUCCGUGUACCACCCUUUGCUUAGUGUUUCUAAUUCUGAUGACAUAAUAAUAUAUAGCACCAAGUAUAGACGUACAUUCCAAAGUGCAUUGGCAUUUAUGUAUGCAAUUCUGUCACCAGAUGUAUUAUCUAAAGUCACAUUCAAGGAAAGUGAUAGUUAUAGUUACUGUUUUGAUCAUUGUGCCUGUUUUAAUGUUAAUAACUUGCAAAUGAAAAUAAAACAGUCAUCUGCAAGACGGUUAAAAAGUCGUAGAGUAGUAGAAAAAAUGCUCAAACGCAUACAUAAUAUAGUGCAUCUAAUGACCAGUAGUGUAAGAGUAGACCCUUACUUACUAAAAGAUUCUAUUAUGACAUAUGUAUGUCAUGGAGCACCAUUACCUUGUUAUCAAGAUGAUUGUAUAACACAUGAAAACGUUAAACAGCUUUUCAGCUAUAUAGACUGGGACUUGGAACGUUAUGCUAAACAUGGGAUGUUGCGAAAAUAUGGACUUUUAAAGUCAUAUGGUUUUGCAUUGAAUAUUGCCAUGAAUUUGUUGAAAAUGGUAUCUGAAAGUAAACCUCGUUUGGUCCUAUACUCAGGUCAUGACUUGACUGCUCAGUACCUAUUGGCUGCCUUUGGAGUUCUCAAUGCCCAAACCAUGUCACCGCACUAUGCUUCCCGUCUAGUGUUUGAAGUGUAUCGUAACAAUACAGUUGACACCACUUAUCCCGGCAGAGACUUUUAUUUUAGAGUAAUUUUCAAUGGUAAAGAUGUAACUCAAUUAGUGGCCUUCUGUAAAAAUCAUUCAGGUAGUUGGAUAGACUCUUCAAUUCAUCUAUGUCCAAUAGAGUAUGCAAUUAGGUUCAUACAUGACGAUUACUUUACCACUUUCAAUGCUUCCAACUACAAAGAAGCAUGUGGAACUCGUCCUUGAUUAUAUUAUAUUCUUUUGCUAAAUAAGUACUAAAUUGAAUUCACAUAAAAAAUUGUUUUAUAAACCUUUUUAUUGUUGAAAAGUAAAGAUUAAUAUUAAAUGAAUAUUUUUUACUGUUAUCAACCAUUUUAUGAUCUUUAAUAAGUUCACUAAAUUGCUUUUACAUAUAGUGUCUAUUUAAAGAAAUAUUAAACAGUAAAAUAAAUUAUCAGAACAUUAUUA